UCACAUCGCCAGUUUUGAUAAGAAGGCGCCCUUGCAGUAGUAUCGUAUUUUUUAUUAUCUCCUUUGAUUUUCCAGGUAACGUUCUCUGGGGGAGAUAUGGCGGAUACAUAUCCCCUCUCGUGUCGAUGUUUGAUGAAAUUUAAAUCCGACAGAGUGAAUCAGACAUGUAUUCCAGCUGACGAAUAACGUUCAGUAAUCACAGCGGGCAGUUUGUCAACAAUCAUCACGUGACAUUGUUUUCCGAGCUGUCGUGAAAAGCAUUCCGAGGGCUGACAGAAUCGCACGAACAACAGCGAGAGUGAAGCUUGAUAACGCUGGCUCGCCAAACGGUUUAUGUGGGUGUGCUGCAGGUCACUCGAAGGACACUGGUCACUUGUCCUGGAUAUAUAAUCUGGAUUGGACACUCAAACGCUGUUACGUGUUACUGACAAAGUAGUAUUUGUAACGCCGAAUGUCUUUACCGUCGGCGAGACGAGACUUGUCGUAAUCGUAAGGAACAAUUGCUUUAUCCACAAGUGAACGCGGGUCGUGUUUUGAUUUAAGUACAACGUGGAAUUAAGGGGGUCGCGUCCAGUCUUCGAAUAUCGGAAAGGAACUUGUGUUAUAGAUAUUCCAACGUCAAUAUCUAAUAUCCUUGGAUGAAGAUCAAAUUCUAACAAUUAGUGAUUUUGAAAAGACUAUUUUCCAGGCGUUUCUCACAGAAAGAUGAGUUCAAUAAUAUGUGUUUCGGCCAUAUUGGUCAAGAGAUGGAUAUACUAGUACUUACUUCGGAUUGAAGGAAUUCGACGGUGGUCGUCAGAUUUUGUAGCCAUGCCUGGCACAAAGACUGUCACUCGAUCACCGGCAGAUCGUCGUAGUCGACUCAGACGUCUCAACAAUCAGUUACACACGUCGGGAAGUCGUCUACCACGCCCUAAAGCUUCUGACCCCCCAGAAAGUCGACUACCAAGACCUGUGAAUAACCUCCCCCAAGAGCGAAUUCUACAGAGGCAUUCGGGCGUCGACCCCACGGGAUUGGAUACCAUUGGAAUUGCGUCCCCCAGUAAAUUGUCAUGGGACUCUCCUAAGCCGACGAUGACAGCACGACCUGGACUACAGAGAGUGUAUCUUGAGGGGCUAGAAUUCCUUCGGGGUAAGAUCAACGAGGUCGAGGUCGAGCUUGCCAGGGUCAAGGUCACGUACCACCAGUGCGAAGAGGUAUCAGACGACAACUUCGAGGAGUACCUGAAGCGAUGUGACAGUCAUUUUCUUAAGGGGAACAAUGAAUUGCGGAAACAUAAUCAGAAACUUGAGGUGAUAGACGCUGAGAUGAGGAUUGUGUCUCUCCUGAACCAGCUGAGGGAGGUGGUUGGCGACCCCGAGAGCAUCAUGUUUUUAACUGAAUACUGGGACAAUGUGAAGUCAACGUCCGACAGUCUUAGAGUUCUACUUCACACGUUUCAGCAAACCGUUCUUAAUAGACUUAAAAUGAAUUGCAUCAGUUACCAUGAUUCCACCGUUCAGUUGGAUGUCAGUGUCAAAUAUACUGAUGAUAUAUCAGGCUAUCUGACUUCUAUAGAAAAGAUCCUGACAAACACACAAAUUCUUCUCAAAAGUUUCAAUGGCGGCCUUCAUCAAGAUUUAUACGACACAACUGAGUUUUCAGAAAGGAUUCUUGUUUCCUGUGACCUCAAAGCCUUUCCUAUUCUGAGAUUCGUGUGUGACGUGACUUCCAAGAUUGAUACAAUGUGUGACCUCGCGCGUCAGUGGAUUCAGAGAGACGAGACUUACAUGUACGAGAUCAACAACUACAUCAAGCAGACGAGAUCCAUCACAAAAAGGCGGGAAGACGAUCUGCGCAGCCAGAAACAGAAGCAGAAGAGGAUUGGGAAAACCGUGAAGUCCUCUUACAUCAUGCUCAAGAACAACCGGGAGAAGCUCCAGAAGAUUGAGACGGAGCUGAACUGUCUCGAGGGGCAGCUGGAAGGGACCCAGAACGAGAAGAAAUGUAAGCAUGUGGAAAAACAGCAGAAGGAGAGCAUGGUUGACUUUUUAAAACUUACCCUUUCACAAACGAAACGGAAUUACGCCUUGCAGAUGAAGAGAUCCAAGCUUUUGAAGCAGGUUAGAGAACUGGAACAGUUUCUAGGAGAAAUUGAAAAAGAAUUGACCAAGAUUGAGGACGAUAUUGUGGUGAAGGCGCAGGAGAAGGUCCUCCUGGAGGAGAAGGUUGAAAUGAGUGAGAAAUCCUACAGCUCCUUGAAAUGUGAUUUGGAUAAAUUUAGCGAGAAUUUGAGUAAGUUGGAGCAUGAGGUGACAGAUUUGUCAGGGCAGUUACUACAGCUGGAGAUUAUACACACCUUCAAAACUAGUCCGGAGAAGAUUGAGGAGAUCUAUGACAGACCUUCCACUGUCAAACUUGCCCCUUCACUCAAGGAGAAGAUUCAGAGGAAGCGAAAAAUGCAAAAACCGAGUUGACUGCAUUCGGCACUACUCGUCCCAUUACGGCAAAUGUAGGAUGCCCGUUCGGAUCUCGGAGUGGCCCGAGUGGUCGUUGUUGGUUGUUUUUAUAGUGCGCAUGCGUAAAUAUUCUCAUUAGACCUGGUGACAUCCGUCGCUGAAAUUGACAGACCAAUGUUGCCAAAUGUUUUGUACGCAGUUAACUAUUUAAUUUCUGAGAGAUUUUAUGAGUAAGGAUGUUGAUUCAUGUCCGUGAUUUCUUUACAAAAUCACACACUUCCGAUGUGAGCCGAAAGACAUCCUCACUGUCAAGUCGAUUCUGGAACCCACU